AAAAAAUGCAGGAUUGUACAGCAGGUGGAUGGCAGGCCUGAUUCGAGUCAAUAAUUGUUUUAUUUAGAAAAUCAUUACCGGAAGUGCUCUUUUCAUUCCGCUAAACUUGACGGUGGUGGGUAAAGAUUGACUGUGGCCAACCUCAGACAGGUGGAGGAGACGUCCUUAAGCAGCAGAACUGCACCGUGGUUGGACCUGAUCGGGCAGGACUGGGCUGGGCUGCAGGACGAGCAGCGGUGGACGCUGUGCGCGCUCGGUGCGCGGAUCCUCCUGCAGCUGCUGGAUUCACAGUAUGAUACCAGAUCCAAAACAUGGUUUGGCCGAUUUUCCCAUCCUGAGCUCUCGCACACAUGCUGAACACUUUAAUGUAGACACGGGGAGGACGAGGGAUGUAGUUGCUGUGGAUUAAUGAGGAGCACACAUGGACUUCGAUUUUUUCCCUGAGAUCAUUGGCUUAUAAUUUUUUUUAUCACCCUGCCUUGGCCAUGGAGAAUCAAGCAGCCGAGCCGCAGAACUAUGAAGAUGUACAGAAAAGCGGUUAUCUCCGCAAGCAUAAAUCAAUGCACCGGCGAUUCUUCGUGCUGAGGGCGGCCUCGGAGCAUGGUCCUGCUCGACUUGAGUAUUACGAGAACGAGAAGAAAUUCCGCAGUAAAUCACCUGUGCCCAAAAAAGUCCUGAACCUGGAGACUUGCUUCAACAUCAACAAGCGGGCAGAUUCCAAGAACAAGCACAUGAUAGUCCUUUAUACCCGCAGCGAGAGCUUUGCCAUCGCUGCAGACAGCGAGGAGGUCCAGAAUGAGUGGUACCAAGCGAUGCUGGAUCUUCAGUGCAACUGUAAAACUCCUGAAGACUAUGGCAGUAGUGGAGAGUGUAGCUCUCCAUCUCCCGUUCCAACCUUCAAGGAAGUGUGGCAGGUCAAGGUCUGGCCUAAAGGUCUUGGACAUGCUAGGAACUUAGUGGGCAUCUACCGGCUGUGCCUAACUGACAAAACAGUCAACUUUGUCAAACUCAACUCUGAUGUGGCCGCUGUGGUGUUGCAGCUGAUGAAUGUUCGCAGGUGUGGCCAUUCAGAGAAUUUUUUCUUCAUCGAGGUGGGUCGUUCAGCGAUUACCGGUCCUGGGGAGUUCUGGAUGCAGGUGGAUGACUCCGUAGUGGCUCAGAAUAUGCAUGAGACCCUGCUGGAGGCCAUGAAGGCCCUGAGUGAGGAGUUCCGUCAGCGCAGUAAAUCUCAGUCUGUGGGAACGUCAUGUGGAGGUGGGACCGCUUCGAACCCCAUCAGUGUCCCGAGCCGUCGUCAUCAUCCAAAUCUGCCACCAAGCCAGGUGGGCUUCUCCAGGCGAGCCCGCACGGAGACCCCAGGAGGCAGCAGCACGAGCACUUCACCCACAUCACGUCACGGGUUUCCGAGGGCACGAACAGCCAGCAUUGGGGCCAGGUCGGAGGAGGGUGGAGCAAGUGCCAAAGGGACAUGGGCCAGCUCCAGUCCAAGUCUUAAUGGAUCCUGCUCAACUACGCCAACACUGAGGCCUAAACCCACCAGGGCCCCAACCCCCGCUAAGAUUACUCUUAGCCUUGCACGUUACACGCCUAACCCUGCUCCUUCUCCUGCACCGAGUCUAUCCUCCAGCUCUGGUCACGGCUCAGAGUGUGGCUUGGUAGGGGCAGCGGUGGGAGGCAUGACGGUCUGCUCCUACCCUCGUGUUUCUCAGAGAGUUUCUGUUUCAGGUUCACCAAGUGACUACGGCUCCUCAGACGAGUAUGGUUCCAGUCCUGGGGAACACUCUUUGCUUGUACCCAGUCUGUCUGGACAUCAUGUACAUGGAGAAGGCUCCUCCAGCUAUAUAGUCAUGGGACAGCGGGAGGGACUCCUUGGUUCCCAUCAUCGCUCCAAGGGCCGACGGAUUCUGCGGCGCUCAUCCAGUCGGGAAUCUGAGGCAGAACAAAGACUGCUAAGUAAGAGGGCUUCCCUGCCUUUGGCAGCCCAUGAACGACUUACCCCCCAUAGAAAGGAUGAAGAUGAUGAAGAUGAUGAAGAAUAUGCCAUCAUGUCACAGAGUGCUAACAGAGAGAGAGCUGAUUUGCACCAUGCUUCAGGGGGUCUGGCAGUUGGGGGUGGGCAGCUUGAUGUAGUAGGGGAGAAUAGGAAGAGGGCUGACAAAAGCAGAGGAGAAGUGGAUGCAGGAGCAGCUGUGGAUAGUGGCUACAUGUCAAUGCUGCCUGGAGUGACGUCUCCUCCUGUUUCACUUUCUCUUUCAAUAGGUAUGUCUGACGCCAGUGCUAAACCUGGGGCAGAUGAUGAGUAUAUGGCCAUGACUCCCAACAACAGUGUGUCCCCUCCUCAGCACAUCCGCCAGCCCAGCUCAGAGGGCUACAUGGUCAUGUCUCCCAAUAGCAGCAGCUCCACAGACCUGCAUGGACUGGGCAUGUGGGAUAGCAGGGCCAGCAUGGAGAGCAGGGCUGCCAGCGACUACAUGAACAUCUCACCUGUCAGCAGCCGCUCUGCCUGCAGUACGCCACCCUCCCACCCAGAGCAGCACCAGCUGCAACCAAAAAUGUUCAACUCUUACUUCUCCCUGCCACGAGCUUAUCAACAUACUCUGUAUACUCGCUUUGAGGAGGACUUAAACAAAGGGGAAGGGAAAAAGGACAGCAGUGGGCAUGACAGUGCUGGGAGGGGAGGGGGAGCAGGAUACAGCAAGAGAAACAAAAUUGCAGUGGGCUCUGCAGGAGGCUGCCAACUCUCCAUGUCUUCCUCUUCUUUCUCCUCCAGCUCAGCCAGCAGUGAAAGCCUGGAAGACAAGUCCAUAUCAGCAGGGAGAGGGUUAAGUUUAUUAAGAACUGGAGCAGAGUACAAGAGUGCAGGAACAUGUACAAAGGAUGGGCGCCAUCAUCAAAAACGCGGAUCAAGUAGUAAGAGCCCGAAACAACAAAGGAGGGGUCGUCCCCUCAGUGUGUCCUCAGACAUUACUAAAGCAAACACCCUGCCCAGGGUGAAGGAGAAUCUGCCACCAUCUGCAUCUCAGAACGUCGGUGAGUAUGUUAGCAUUGUGUUCAAGGAAGACAAUAAGUAUGACGGAGGACGAUGUGCAGGGUCUGAACAUGGACAACCUGUGAUCCACGGAACCCUCAGGCCCUUGAAUCAGCCACUCCUCUGCCACGAUAAUCCUGCUAACCUUCCCCGCAGCUUCUCUGCACCGUUGUCCACCUCUGCCGAGUACGUUAGCAUGGACUUAGGGAAGUCAUCAACGCCCCUGACUCCCGUUAGGUCAAACUUCAGCACCCCACAGGGCCCACCAGCUGUUGCCCCCAAGGCUCGACAUGAACGUGGCACCUCCUCCCCUUUGGCAGCAGAGGGCAACGCCGGGUACAGAACAAAAGUAAAGAUGGCAGCAAUUCCAACAGAUGCCCCUGCCCCGUAUACGGACAACAAAGGUUCAGAUCCCAGCAUUUCAGCAAGAUCUGCCAUCCACUCUGGUCAACCCUCAUCUAUGGAGCAGGAGACAGGUUUGGGUUUUUCCCCAGUCAAGUCCUUCCAGUCUCCAGAGCGGAGCAGCAGACUGGUCCGAGGUGACCCACAGGGGCGGAGGAGCCACCGCUCAGAGACAUUUAACUCACCUCCCUCUCUACCACGCCACCCACCCUCUUCUACCUCCCUCUUCCCAGAGGGCAGCCAGGCAGCAAGCCAUCGGCAUGGUUUGGACUGCUCACUGUGGGAGAACGGGCAGGCAGCUAGUUUGUCUGCCACACCUCCACCACAAGCCUCCACCUCAUCCACUGAACAAGGCCUUAACUACAUUGACCUUGACUUGGCCAUUAAGGAGAGCCCUCAAGCUGGAGUGGAGCGUACCUCUGCCGCCUACAACAUCGGAGGAAGCGCUAUGAGUAGCAGUGCUGGCUCCAGCCUGAACACAUAUGCCAGUAUUGAUUUCUAUAAGUCAGAGGAACUGAGAGCACACCAGAACAGUAGAAAGGAUGGUCAAGAUUGUUGAUCUUCGUCCUCAUCUUGGAUCCGAGUGCGACGCCAGUGUGACAGCUCCACACUUGGUCUGAGAGGGGAUGGUCGGCAGCCCGAUCUGUUGCCAUAACAGAACUGGACACUGGAGUCUGAACACUGAAACCAUGGAAAACACAUCCCCAUCCCUGUCUGCUGUUUUCUGUCAACCAAAUGUGUGCCAAACACACACACACACACACAAACACACAAACCCACAGACACAGGGUAAGGAAAAGCUUUUUUUUUUUGGCCUCGUUUUGAAGUGAAAUGACAUUUGAUCAUCAUUUAACUUAAUAUAGAUAAAGGAUGACUAUUCAAUAUGUGAUAGUGUGACUUCCCAAGUGGUCAUCACCUGAUCGCAGCACUCUAACGGUCAUCCAGGCAAGGUCAUAGAUCAACAUGUUUUUCAAGAAAUCACAGAAAUGGCAGUAAAAAUGUCCAUCUGUGUAGAUUAAUUUAAAACACAUUUGCACAAAUGAUUAGUGCACGAGCCAGUUUACUGAUGUCUUGUAACUCAAGGCUGAAAAUGGCAGCUGGCAUGCUGACACAAUCUCAGCUGAAUUUGGAGUGAUAAUUACUGGGUCCCGUGGUUUAGCUUUUUGUGUUGCCAUGAAAGCCACAUCAUCCUUUGUCUAUGUUUUAAGUGAAAUGCUCAUCAGGUGCCACUUUGACUCUGAAUAAGAAGGAAAUACAGCCUUGGCCGAGGUUUCAUAUACUCACACACUCUGUCACUGUAAACAUAUUUGAUUUAUUAUAUGCAGUUGCCUAAAAAGCCUUUAUACUUCUUGACUGCUUUUCUUAUGCUACUGAAAGACUUCAGAGUGUACGUAAUUUCUAAGAUAUAAGAAAGUACAGUUUGUGGAAUUGGGAAUGAAAUCAUGUUAUACAAGUGAAAUGGAGGUAUAGUUUCCUUUCUGUUUUUAGUAGGGAAAUGGUUGGUGAGAAUCCCACACAGCUUAUGCAAUACUUGUGAAAUCCACAUAUGAGUGUAAACUUUAUUAAAUAGAGCAUCAUGUGAUUACAUUUUCACAUUGUUAACAUUACACUGUAGUACUUAGGCGCAGAUUUGUAGCUAAAGUGGUGGGGAAAAUGGCUUUCUUUUUAUCCUUUCACAAUAGUUUUAAUGUAAUCCUGUGUUUUCUGUGCUUUUCACACAGAAUUAAGUUUUAUCCCUAAAGCUCCAGAUGUGCAUUCACACAGGAUAUAUGUUUAUACAGACCCAGCUUAGCUUUUAUUAUACAUAAACUAAACACGUCUUGUCAUAUCAUAUGGCUGAUUUUCAAAUGGUGGCAGUAAGAAGGUCCAGUCGGUGCAUCCAAAACAAUGGGUAUUUUGUCCUUUUUUUCCGUAAUUAUUUCUCCACCGUGUUGCAUUGGAAAAUCAAAAAAUCAGAAAAUUGAGUAAUCUUUAUCCCAAAAUACAAGUGACUAUAUUUACAUAUACACUGGAAUUUCAAACCUUCAGUAACUGCAGCUAAGAAACACACACACAUACACACACACGCACACAAAGGACAUUUCAUAUUCUGUAUAUGUGUUGCAGCUAAAAUGCUGCAGGAGAAGUCACAUGAAAGCUGCAGCUUUCAUGCAACGUGACAGUGUUUAUAGUGAAGUGAUUGAUUGUCACAUAGAUCCACAUUGAAAAGCAGAAGCGUAGAUACACAACAAUGCAUUCAUUCAAUAAUCAUAGUCCACAACAUUGCAUUAAAAUGGCCAAAUUAACAUAACAUUCUUCUGCUAUGCAUGUAAACAGUUUAAUCAAAUUGGCUUCAAACACGCAGUAAGGGCAAUAAUUAGACUGUAUGUAUGUAAAUGUUCUCACUGAGAUGUGCUGAAGGGACCUGAUAACAGACUUGUUAGUGAGGAAAGCUGAAUACAGUUAUGAACAGAAAACAUUUAUAAACAGCUUAGGGAGUGUAUGUAAAUGAAUAAUGAUAUAUAUUGUAAUAUAUUUUUGACAAACACAGCAAAAUGGUGAUUUUUUUUCUGCCACUCUUUAUUUCUGAACAACGAGUAAACAGUUGCCAGAUGAGAGAGCCGUGCACACGCAGCAGCUUGCUCACUCUUUUCCUGAUGGACAUGAGCGCCACAAUUUUUUUUCUCCCACCCCCAGAUUCAACUUAACAACAUAUAUAAGCUAAGAUGAGACUGACAGAUGACUGUCUAGAUCAGUUAUAUGAUGCCUGACUCACGUGGCCAGGCGUGUUAGAGAUGUUGGAGACAGCUGUUCCAAAGAGUGCAGCAUUAAAUACUGAAAUGAAAGCCAUAUUUGUGAUAUGUACCUAUCAUAUAUAAAAAGAAGAAACUAAAUUUCACAGGGGAUGAGAAAGAGUUAAGAGACCAUCCCCUGCUCUGUAAUAAUUUUCAUACAGUCUCUUCUCAGUCCUUCUGCCCACAUAUGAAGUCACACACAUUUUCUAGUAAGAUGCUGGAACUAGAUGAUAAAUAAUAUUAUUUUUCAUUUGAAUUUUUGAACUGUACAUGACUAUCUGCCUUUGGCCAUUUCAUCGCAUUAAAAUUAUUUAGCACUUAUAUCUCAUAUUGAUGCAUUUUGAAGCAACGUGUAGCACAAAAUGUUUGAAAAAAGUCAGUCAGAGUAUAAAUACUUUUUUGGCAACUGUGCUUUUCUAUUACAACUGUAUAUUAUACUAUAGUAUAUACUAUAGUUUUAUAUUAUUAUACUAUAGUAUAUACUAUAGUAUACAAGUAGAAGGACAGAAACUAUAGUACAUACUGUAGUUUUCCUAAUUUGCAUAACAGUUAACACAAUUCUAAUAUAAAGUGACACAUUACAAUGGUAUAUAAGAUAUACAUUAUACAUAUAAUGAUUAAUACUAUAUAGCCUAGAUAUCUAUAUACUCUUUUAUAAAGUGCCUCAUUUUUGAUUGUAGCUGUUUUUACACAGGUAAUCUUAAAAUGGGUUGUGAAAAUGGAAAAAAAAGUGUUGUUUCUCUCCUGAGUCUAAAUUGUGCAUAUGUUGAACUUUACAGAAGACAGACCGGAAACUUAUAUUGCUAUCAGUCGACCAUAAUCAAAUUGCCUUACUGUGUUUACCAGAAAAAAAAAAAAUCUCAUUUUAUUUUUUGCAGUGCCUAACACUUCAGCCACAAUGUAAGCACUCCUCCCUCAACUCUUUUGUUUGGCUCCAUCAAGCUGAGGUUCGGCCAACAAUAAAAUAAAAACAAAACAAAAAAAAAAAAAAAAAACACAAAAAAGAAAAGAAAACAAACAAAAAAACCUAAAACAAAAGAAAGGAAAAAACGUGAAAAAAUGGGAAAAAAACAAAGAAACAAAGUAAAGGGGAAAAAACA